UUACAACGUAACAACACCAGUGACUCCUGCGUCAGUCUGGCUCACUGUGUUGGUCUCUUACUCUUCACCGGUGUAGCCACCGCUUCUUCCUUACCUAAUUUACAACGUUUCUUCCCUUCCAUGUGGCGGAAGUGAAGCCCUUUCCUUUCCUCCUUUAGAAUUUACAGGCCAGAUUGAGUGUAAUAUUUGGUGUUAAGAGAGCUGGGAGUGAUACGGCGUCAGGCGUGGUGGCCCUCCACCUAAACAACAAGCUUAAUUCACUAAGCUUUCAAGAUGGCUGAUAGAAAUAUAUCAUGGGUUGAGAAGGCUGUAAACUUCAAGGAGUGGCUUCAUACUUAUUGUAUGAAAAAGAAGCUUCAUUCUGAAUUUGUGGUUACAGCUAAAGGUCCAAAGUAUCGUAAUCCGCUAUUUUUCUGUGAGGCACGUGUCUCUGGCUAUGAUUUCGUGGCUCAUGGUAAAUCAAAGAGCAGUAAAGUUGCUCAAAAUGAUGCAGCCAAAGAAUUAUCCCUGUACCUUAUCAACAAUGGAGAGGUGCCUUCAUAUGAAGUUCCAACUUUACUGAUGAAGGCUCUACGUGAAAGUGAGAAAAAGAAGGAGGAGGAAGUUUCAAGUUCUGGAGGAAAUGUUGAUACCACAAACAUGGAAUGCACACAGGAACGUAAAGCUACAGAAGAGGCUGAAGAGGAGGAUCCUACUGCAGUUAUUCAUGGUAAUUGGACACUUGCGAAUGCAAGAUCAGGUCUCAGCAGGUUUCUUCGUGCAAAUGACCUCAAAGCUGAUUUCAAGUACAGGGAAGUUGGUCCCGAACAUUUGAGGAGUUAUGUGGCUGAAAUGUCCUUCUAUGUGAAACAGAUUCAAAGAGAAAUUCGUGGAGAAAAACAUGGGCCCAAUAAAAGAGCUGCCAGUAGAAACUGUUGUCUCUCAAUUGUCCAACAACUUUAUGAAUUGAAUCUACUUGAGCCAUUUUCUAAGAAACUGAUAGAUUUCCACCUCAGACCAUAUCAAGUAGCCCUCUCACCUGAGCUUACAGCUAUGAUGGAUUCUGUGAUACAGAUUACAGGCAUCCAGCCAGUUCAGCCAAAUAAUGAUCCAUCCCAGCCCAACAAUCUGGUUACUGAUGUUAAGCUGCCUGAAUUUGAGGCAUCUGAAGUCCCACAAUAUACUGGUGGGGUGGUGUCCUGGUCUCCGCCCCAAAAAAACUGGAAUGCAUGGACCAGCUGUACUCUGGAUGAGGGUCCAUUCUUUUCACUCAGCUUGGAUGAAAUUAGUGCUGACUUACAGGAGGCUCAAAAGGACUGCUCAGAGUCAGUGACUGAACAAAGGGCCCAGUUACCUGUAUAUAAAGUAAAGCCAGACAUAAUAUCUGCUAUUUCUGAAAAUCCAGUUACUAUCAUCAGGGGAAACACAGACAGUGGAAAGACAACUCAGGUUUGCCAGUUUAUCUUGGACAACUACAUUCAGUCAGGAUCAGGAGGCUGUUGCAAUAUAAUUGUCACACAGCCUCACUCUAUAUCUGCGGUGUCUGUUGCUGAACGUAUUGCCUCUGAACGUGGAGAAGAAAUUGGUAAUAGUGUUGGAUACUCUGUAGAGUUAGAAUCGGUGCUUCCAAGACCAUAUGGUGGUAUGUGGUUCUGCACUGUUGGAGUUCUGCUGAGAAAGUUAGAAGCUGGGUUGAGAGGUGUAUCUCAUGUGAUUGUUGAUGAAAUUCAUGAGAGAGAUAUCAACACAGACUUCCUUCUGAUUGUGUUACAUGACAUGGUGCGUGCUUUCCCAGACCUUCGCAUUAUUCUCUUGUCUGCUUCCAUAGACAUUUCACUCUUCUUGGAAUAUUUUGCCAACCCACAUGUGAUUGAGGUACCAGGGCAAGCUUUUCCCGUACGACAGUACUUUUUGGAGGACUGCAUUGAACUUAUCAAAUUUACACCUACUACAGAUUCUGAUAGUGAUUGGAAUAGAGUGGAUAAAGAUGAGGAGCUGCCAGGAGAGGAGCCAGAAGAGAACCUGAAUAUUGUCAACUCAAGUCACUAUUCAGAUAGCACUAGAAAAUCUUUGUCUGUCAUGAAUGAAAAGGAAUUAAAUUUUGAAUUAGUUGAAGCUUUGCUGAAAUAUAUAUAUACACUCAGCACCCCUGGAGCUGUUCUGAUAUUCCUUCCUGGCUGGGAUGUCAUCUUUAAUCUUAUGCGACAUCUUGAACAAGAUCCAGUUUUUGGGACACCCCAAUACUGUGUGUUACCUCUGCACUCGCAGCUUCCACGAGAAGACCAACGCAGAGUGUUUGACCCUGUUCCAGAUGGUGUUAGAAAGAUUAUCCUGGCAACAAACAUUGCUGAAUCCUCAGUCUCCAUCAGUGAUGUUGCAUUUGUGAUUGACUCAUGCAAAUCAAAAGUGAAGCUCUUCACAUCACACAACCAUGUAACCAACUAUGCAACACUGUGGGCCUCGCGUACAAAUCUAGAACAGCGCAAAUGUAGAGCUGGAACAGUCAGGGCUGGAAUUUGUUUCCAUUUGUGCACUAAGGCUAGAUAUGAGAAACUAGAUGAACACACAACACCAGAGAUGGUCCGCACACCCUUGCAUGAAAUAAGCCUCUUAAUUAAACUUCUGCGUCUGGGAUCUAUUGGAGAAUUUCUGUCCAGAGCAAUUCAUGCACCACCCACUGAUGCUAUUACUGAAGCAAGGGCUACAUUAAGAGAGAUGAAAUGUUUGGGCAGUAAUGAGGAACUAACUCCUCUUGGACGUAUCUUGGCAAGAUUACCAAUAGAUCCCCAUUUGGCGAAGAUGGUGAUCCUGGGUUGUAUCUUCUUUUGUGGUGAUGCCAUGUGUACUCUUGCUGCACUCAACACUACUACUGAAAUUUUCAUAAUGUCUCCAGAAUCACGUCGGCUUAGCCAAUUUCAGCGUGAUUUUGCUGGCAAUCGAUACAGUGAUCACAUAGCCACUUUAAGUGUCUUUAAUUCAUGGUUGGAAGCCAAGGCUGAAGGAGAAGAAGCUGAGAUAAGGUUUUGUGAGGACAAUAGAAUUUCUCUACCAGCACUGCGGGUUACAUGGGAAGCAAAGAAUCAACUGAAGGAGUUACUUGUAAAUGCAACUGGAUUCCCAGAAGAGUGUCUUUUGCCUCAAACAUUCAACUUUUAUGGAUCAGCAGACCCCAAGUUAGACAUUAUAGUGGGUCUUGUAGCGCUGGGACACUAUCCAAAUGUCUGCGCUCACAAAUUUAAGUUUAAGGUAUUAACCCAAGAUUCAAAGGUUGCUCUCAUCCAUAAAUCAUCUGUCAACAAUAGUAAACAGAUACUGAAGUUCCCUUCACCUUACUUCAUAUUUGAAGAAAAGAUUUGUUCUCAAACUGUGUCCUGUAAGCGAAUGACAAUGGUGACUCCAAUUCACCUGAUACUGUUUGGAUGCAGACGUGUAGAAGCUAAGGAGGGUCUUGUUCGUUUGGAUGGAUGGCUUGAAAUAGAUUUCCAAGCUGAGCAUGCAGCCAAGAUCUUAACACUGAGACCAUCGUUGGAGAGCCUUGUUGCAAGAUCAGUAGUUAACCCUGAGAGUAUAACUAAACCCACAUAUAAAGAUGAACAAGUCAUGAACUGCAUUCUCCAGUUGUGCUGCAUGAAUGCAGGCCGCUACAAAUUAGAAAAAAUUGUUAUAGGAGAUGUAAGCACACCUUCACCACCAAUGAAGAGAAUGAGAACAGAUGAUGGACCAGAUGAUUCUGGAGAUGAGACUGGAGUGUUGAGCGAAGGUCACAGCAACAACAGUGGGUUGGCAAGUGGUGAUGUUGAGAUGGUAAAAGAAGAAAACCUGGCUCAGACUAACUAAAUAUUGUUAGGAAUAACUAAGACUUCAUUAGCACCCAGAAAUAAAUUCUGGAAACUAUCAGUCAGAUUUUCCUCAAAAUUUAAUGAAUUUUAAAGUGUUGAUAAAUACUCCUAUCACAGGAGAUAUGUUUUAUACUGGUUCACAUCUUGUAUAGGUCAAGAACUAAAUCUUAUUUUUUGUGUGUAAAAUUUCAUAACAUCUAAAAAUUAUAUACUAUACUAAUAUCUCACAAUAAAUUGCUGAAAAUUUGUGUUAAAUUUGUUUGUACUUAGAAAUUAUCAUAAUUUUAUUUGAAAGUGUUGACUAUCUCAAUUGGCCAAGCAUAUAUACAGACGCCCCCAACUUACGAACAUGGUAUGUUCCAGAAGGCUGUUUGUAUCUUGAAUUGUUUGUAAGUUGUUAUUUUCCAUUUUCCUAUUGUUAUGAUUAUUAUUGUUAUUUUUAAUAUUAUCAUUAUUAUUAUUGUUCUCUCUCUCUGUGCCAUUGUUCAUUGAAAACUUAAAGACAGUACUGUACAGUAUCAAUAAUGUAUGGUUCUUAAUAUGUACUAAAGCAUAUUUUAAUAAUAAAUACUGUAAUAAAAAACUUCUUUAACUAACUUUAACAACACGGCAGUCUGUUCGUAUGUCCGAAUGUUUGUAACUCAAAUGUUCGUAAGUAGGGUAGCAUCUGUAUAAUGUAUUGAGUGUUUACUGUAUUUUCUAGCAAAACAUUUGUUUUAUGAUGAUUUAGUUUACAAAUCAUUGAAACAAAUAUUUUUGUUUAUAAUCUUAGUGGUGUGCAAGCUGUGUAAUAAGUGGAUAAUAUUAAUGCAGAUUUAGUUUAGAAAUGGAGCAAGGAGGAGGCUGGAGGCAGUGGAGAUGUUGUAUUUGAGAUCAGUGUCUGGUAUGAGUAUUAAACAAAGAAUAAAGAGUGAAAAAGUUAGAGGACAAUGUAAUAGUAUGAAAGAUAUAAUCCAGAUAGUGGAGGAGAGUUUGUCAAGAGGAUUUUGGUAAUUUGGAAAGAAUGGAGCAAAUUGGGUUGAUGAAGAGAGUAUGUAAAUCUGGGGUAGAUGGAAGGUUUAGCAAACAUUCCAGGAAUGGUUGGAAGGAGGGUGUCAAGGUCAUUAGUGUUAGGGGAGUGGGGACAUAAACAUCCAGCAGGCAUGUGUCAUCAUGUUAGAUUGGUAUGUGUGGAGAUUUAAUGGAUUGAGAUUUAAUGUGCUUGUAGAGUGUGAGCAAGAAAAUAUCUUUGAAGGGAAAUUGGGAAACUGGUUAACCAGCCAGACUUUAGUUCUGGAAAUGGAAAACAUAGUACUUUCACUCUAAAUGUUGGGUGAAGAUGUUGCAGUUCAAAGGGUCAUUUCAAUUGUGAUGUCUUUGCAUUUCUGGAAAUAAAGCUAGAGAAUGAGUGAUUUACAAUGUACACAUUUUAAUUCUUUGGGUCACCCUGCCUUGGUGGGAAAUGGUUGAUGUGUUAAAAAGAUAAUACAUUAAGCUAGUAUGUAUAAAAAUUGAAAAUAAAUCAUUCAUUAUAUUAUAAAUACAUUACAGUAGUUUGUUUACCUUUAUCAGAUGUCCUUUGAUAUUUUUAUUCUGAGGAGUUUAUGAUACUUUUUAUGCUCAAGUGCUACAGUUAUAUUUUUACAAUGAAGUGCUACAAUGACAUUUUAUACUGAGAGGUUAAUGACACUUUUUUAUACUGGGUCUGCAGUAACAUUUGAGUGAAAGGAAUAAAAACAGUUUGCCAUUAGUGUAUACGUACAAACAUUUAAAUGAACUUGAAUUUUUUAUACCCUAAUUAAAAUUUAUUUUCCAA